GUUUUCGUUAAGACAAUGACAGGAGCAGCAAAGGUCGCGAUGAGGUCCCGUAAGUUACCAAUAUACCUAUGCCAGUCCACGAAGGCUCUCCUGUCCCCACGCACAGGGAGAAGAGGAGGAAGAUGGAGAGAAACGAUGAUGAGAUCGGAACGGCAAACGGGAAAGCAGAAACACCAACAGAGGGAGAUUCCUCCUCCACCCCGAACGACGGUUCGAUUGCUGGCUUCGAAUCUCUCAACCGCCUCCUCUGCGCUUCCCUCAGUCCCCAAGUUUUCCAGGAAGUCAAGCGAUUGCUUUUGGGACUGAAUUGUGGAAGAGCAGUUGAACCCAUCAAUGUCCCUGACCCUGCCAAAGCUCUGUCUGCAAAGCAUGAUUUUGAUCUCCAGGCGUUCUGCUUUCAUGCUGACAAGGAAGUACUAAGGGGACCUCAAACAGUCAGGGUUGGUCUAAUUCAGAACUCCAUUGCUCUUCCAACCACUGCACCCUUUUUGGACCAAAAGAGAGCCAUAUUUGAAAAGCUGAGGCCCAUAAUUGAUGCAGCAGGUGCCGCAGGAGUCAAUAUUUUAUGCUUGCAAGAAGCAUGGACGAUGCCAUUUGCCUUUUGUACUCGUGAGAAGAGAUGGUGUGAAUUCGCAGAGCCUGUCGAUGGAGAAUCAACACAGUUUAUUCAGGAUCUUGCCAGGAAAUAUAACAUGGUUAUAAUAAGUCCGAUUCUUGAGAGGGAUGUGAAACAUGGAGAGACUCUUUGGAACACUGCUGUAAUUAUUGGAAAUCGAGGCAAUAUAAUUGGCAAGCAUAGGAAGAACCAUAUUCCUAGAGUUGGGGACUUCAAUGAGAGCACAUAUUAUAUGGAAGGAAACACUGGACAUCCUGUGUUCGAGACAGCUUAUGGAAAGAUUGCUGUUAACAUUUGUUAUGGGAGGCACCAUCCCCUGAAUUGGUUGGCUUUCGGCUUAAAUGGUGCUGAGAUUGUUUUCAAUCCAUCUGCUACUGUUGGUGAACUCAGCGAACCAAUGUGGCCCAUUGAGGCUCGUAAUGCUGCAAUAGCAAAUAGUUACUUUGUUGCGUCAAUCAAUCGCGUUGGAACCGAGAUCUUCCCAAACCCAUUCACUUCAGGUGAUGGGAAACCUCAGCAUGCAGAUUUUGGGCAUUUCUAUGGAUCCAGUCAUUUUUCAGCACCAGAUUCUUCCUGCACACCAUCUCUGUCGCGCUACAGGGAUGGCUUGAUUAUAUCAGACAUGGAUCUCAACCUCUGUAGGCAGCUGAAAGAUAAGUGGGGGUUCCGAAUGACUGCCCGAUAUGAGUUGUAUGCUGAUAUGCUUUCGCGUUAUGUUCAGCCAGACUUUGAGCCCCAAGUCAUUGCUGAUCCCUUGUUACAUAAGUAACUUAUUCUUAAGUUUCAAGUGUACGUAUUUUGAACCUGAAACCAUUGAUGAAAAUCUGGAACUGCUGGUCUCUUAAAUAAUGUGUAAAAAUAAAUGGCUGUUGUUUGUGGUUCUA